AUGACCAUCUUCAAGUUGUCGGCCACUUUAGCGGGCCAUGAGGACGACGUUCGUGCAUUGUGUUCUCCCGACCAGGACACCGUUGUUUCUGGGUCCAGAGACUCCACCGUGCGUGUUUGGAGACGAAUUGACCCGAGAUCGUGGGCAGACCCCACGAUCAACUUCAAGGCCCCCAAGUUUGUCAACAGUCUGGCCGCUUAUCAGGCCGGGUCCGAGCAGUACAUUGUCAGCGGCGGGAACGAUGGACUCGUGAACCUGACGCUCGUCGACUCCAGUUUCGAUUGGGUCGACCCGGCGUAUAUUCUGGUGGGCCACGACGCAAACGUGUGCGCCUUGGCCUCGAAAGACAGCCUCAUCAUUUCCGGGUCCUGGGACGGCACAGCCAAGGUCUGGCACAAGGACGGCACCGUGGUGCACGACCUCAAGGGCCACGAAGGCUCCGUCUGGGGUGUUCAGAUCGUCUCUGAGAACGAGUUUGUCACGUGUGGGGCAGAUCGGACCAUCAGAACCUGGCACGGCGACAAGCAAACGGGCCAAUGGACCGCCCACGCCGACGUGGUGCGUGACGUGCUGGUUCUGGACAACAAAACCAUUGUUUCGUGCUCGAACGACGCCACCAUCAAAAUAUGGAGCUACCAGGGCCAGCUGUUGCAGACUCUGCGUGGACACCAGAACUUUGUGUACUCGCUGGCGGUGCUUCCGACGGGCGAGCUGGUCAGUUCUGGCGAGGACAGAUCCGUGCGGGUGUGGAGCCCGGCAGGGGACCUUGUCCAGACAAUCACGUUGCCGUGUGUCACUGUCUGGAAGGUGAUUGUGCUUGCCAACGGCGACAUCGUGACCGGCUCGAGCGACUCGAAAGUGCGUAUUUUUACGCGGACCGGGUCGCGUGUGGCUGCUCGCGAGCUGCUCGACGAGUUUGAGACAGAACUGCAAAACUCCACCGUCAACGACAGCGUCUACAACGUUAAUAAGACCGUCGAGCCAAGGGACGCUCUCAAGACCAAAGGCUCCGUGCCAGGCCAGACAAAACUCGUCCGCACAGAGAUCGGCACCACCGAGGUGUACCAGUGGGGGGACUCCGGGUGGGGGAAAAUUGGGGAAGUGGUGAGCUCGGCCUCCACUGACAAGAAGAAAGAGUACAACGGCAAGUUUUACGACUAUGUGUUUGACGUGGACAUUGCGGACGGCCAGCCGCCUUUGAAGCUUCCGUACAACGUCAGCGACAGCCCCCACACGGUGGCCGACCAGUUCCUGCUGGACAACGACCUGCCAGCGUCGUAUGCGCCGCAGGUGGUGGAGUUCAUUCUGUCCAACACGGAGGGAGCCACUCUGGGCCAGCAGGGCGCGGCCUCGUCCGAGCCGUACCAGGACCCGGCGUACAAAAAGACGGGGAUUCUGCCCCAGACGGAGUACUUGCAAUUCUCGAAGCUGGACGAACCAAAGCUGCUGGCCGGUUUCAAGAAACUCAACGCGAAGCAGUCCCCCGCCCACCAGAUCGACCCAAUGGAGUUCGAGAUGUGCAUCAACUGCCAGGACUACAAGGAGCUGGCGGUUUUGGCGGGCAAGAUCAUCAACACCUGGGACCCGGCGUCGAAAUUGCUUGGGUUUGACAUUCUGCGGUCGAUCGUGCUGAUCACGCCGCCUAUAGAGACGCUGUUUGAGCUGAUCAAAGUGGGGCUCACUUCGGAGUCGGCGAAAGUGGUGAUGAUGACGAUCCGUGUGCUGGUGAACAUCUUCAGUGCCAAGCAGUGGGGGGAGCAGGUGUUUUCUGACCCGGACUUGCUGCAAGUUGUGUUUUUGAACGAUUUGCUCAAGUUCAUCGAGACAGAGAAGCUCAUGAGCAUCACGGUGGCCACGUUUGUGUUGAAUUACGCUGUGCUGGUCCGCAAGAGCCACAACCGCACGCUGUACACCCGUCUGGCAGACGUGGUGAACAAGUUCGGUCCUGCCGUGGCCAAAGACGAGGAGUCUGCGUACCGGCUGCUGGUGGCCGUUGGCACGCUCAAGCCGGUGGGGUCCAAGAUCGACAAUACGGUGCUGGAUGCCCUGAAAACGUACCAAAGUGCCCGGUUUACAAGUCUAUGGAAAGAGAUCAAAUAG